AUGUCUACUGCAACGAUAGCUACAAUAAACCCAGUCCCAUAUCAGGAACGCGCGGGCAUCAAACAGUCAUUACAGGCAUCACUGAUUCCCGCGGAAUGGCGUCUGCCUUCCAUCCCACCGGUUGAAGAGGUUCCCGAUGCGCUGGAGUACAUUCGCAAAAGCAACUUGUUAUCAGAGCGGGAACUGAGUAUCACGGAGACGUCUGAUGUCAGUGUUCUACUACACAAAUUGGCUAGUGGCCAGUUAUCGUCUCUAGAGGUUACCAAAGCCUUUGCGAAACGAGCGAUGCUGGCUCACCAGUUGACGAAUUGUUGCACUGAGAUCUUUUUGGGGGACGCAUUUGAGCGAGCAAGGCAACUGGACGACUACCUCGAACAAACUGGGGAAAUAAUAGGGCCAUUACAUGGUCUACCGGUGUCGAUCAAAGAUCUUUUCAAUGUAAAAGGAGUAGAUUCAUGCAUUGGCUGGGUAGGCCUCACGAACAAGCCGGCGAUCCGAGACGGAAACGCCGCGGCAACACUUCGUCGGCUUGGUGCGGUUCUAUAUGUCAAAACCAAUGUUCCACAAUCCAUGAUGAUGUCUGACUCCUAUAAUCACGUCUUUGGCCAAUCUGUGUCCGCGCUCAACCGAAACCUCAUUUCCGGCGGCAGCUCAGGAGGUGAAGGAUCUCUUGUGAGUGCGCGAGGUAGUAUUCUGGGUAUAGGCACAGAUCUGGGCGGAUCAAUCCGAAUUCCAGCCAAUCUAUGUGGAUUGUAUGGUCUUUCACCUAGUACAGGCAGACAGCCGUAUGAACGGAGCGGCCUCCGACAAGAUAUCGUUCGUUCGGUGGCAGGCCCAAUGGCAAUGAGUUUGUCAACGGUUGAAAAAUACAUGGAAGCCUUACCGGCGGCAAGGCCGUGGGAGAUUGACCACCAAGUCACACCAAUUCCAUGGCGAACGGAACUCUGCACGACAACAAAACGGCUGAGAAUUGGAUAUGUUGUCGACGACGGCGUUGUAAAAGUGCAGCCGCCUGUUGCAAGGGCGGUAGACGAGGUCGUACAGGCUUUGAGAGAGGCCGGCCACGAAGUUUUUGAAUGGGAUGCUUCGAGUCAUGCUCAUGCAUACCAACUCUGGGAGAAGGCUAUCCUUUCCGAUGGGGGCGAAGCGUGUCGCAUCUUGUGUGAGUUGAGUGGUGAGCCAUUGAUUGAGGGCAUGCUUGUAGGAAAACCCCAUAACAAGCUGACUACAUCACAAACGCAUCAACUUAUAUCCGAUAAAUACGCGUACGAAAGACAAUACCUUCAACGAUGGACAUCUGCCAGUCUUGACGCCCUCAUCAUGCCAAUCACACCUUGGGUAGGAUACAAGCCCCAAACCUGGAUAAAGAGCCAUCAAUACGUGGGAUAUACAUCAAUUUGGAAUUUAUUAGAUUACCCCGCUCUGGCCGUCCCGGUAACCAAGGCAGAUCGGACCAAGGAUGAUCCUAGUGUGGAUAAGGAAUGGAUGAUACACCAACCAAGGAACAAGAGCGAUGAGUUCAAUCAUCAGCAAUAUGACAUUGACCUUGUCCACGGAGCCCCUGUUGGUGUUCAGAUCAUAACUCCAAAAUUACAAGAGGAGAAGUGCAUUGGAGUUGCAAAGGUGAUUGAACAAUCACUCGCUGCGCAACGAAUCGCAGAAAUGACCCAACGGGCAAAGCUGUAG